CUUUGCAAUACUCUACAGCGUACAAUGGGGAGCGGAAAAAUCCAAUCGCUGGCUACUUUCCGUCGGAGUGUCAAUACUCCAGGAUAUAUUGCUGACUGGACCAAUUAUCAUCAUAGUCAACACAUCUAUCAUGUCUUUAAUAAAAAGGAAACCAACUGAGGAAGACGAAAUCGAAAAGAAGACCCAAAAAGCAAACUUAGUGCACGUUGUUCAAGAAGAUGAACUUGCGGCUUGCCACAAGCCACCCGACGAAGAACUUCUGAAAACACGAAACUUGAAACUUCAAGUGAAAAAGCUGCGGCGAUUCUUUAAAUAUUUGGUAAUCUACGUUGUCUAUGUCCUCCUGCUAGUGAUUGUAUGCUAUGCAGACCGUAAGCCUUCAAGUUACUUACAGACAAAGACGCUAAAGGACACCUUUAGUUCAUUCUACCAGGUAAAGGAUGCAAGAUCUUUUUGGACCUGGUUUGAAGAAGAACUAGUUCCAGGCCUUUAUGACAGUGAAAAGUCCCUCAGUGGUAAUGGGACCGGAAUGAUAAGUGGCAAGAUUGGUUUUAUUGUGGGCCUCCCAAAGAUACGACAGAUACGCAUUAAGUCAGGUCAGGGUUAA